AUGGCUCAGGAUGAGAGAGAGGCAGGGCUGGCCAAACCCAUGUGGGAUCCAGAGAUGGGCAAAGACAUACAAUAUGUGACAAAAGGCCUUGAGGAACUCUGUGAGAGCCCUGGAGAGAAGACUCUGCUGUAUUCAUGCCUAGAAGCAGAGCAUCAGCUUAUCUGAAUACUGAAGAAAAAAGCAGAGGAUGUAAGCAAAGGCUGCAGACACCUGGAGCAGCUCAAAAUGGAUCUGCAGAAACUGAGGAUAGAGGAUGCUGCGAAAAUGAAAACCCAGAGCCCACAGAAGCAUUUGGAGAGGCGCUUCAUGGAUCUGGCCAGCAACCAUUAAAGAAUGAUCCAGUUCAAGGACAAACAAAGGGAACAGUAUAUGCAGCUGUGGGAGGAGAACAAGUGCCUGCGCCAGGAGAACAAAAAGUGCUCUUCAGCCAGCCUGUGAGGGAGAAGGAAGCAAGUGUUCCAGCUUGCUGUCCGGGCCAGAAGACUCUCACAGCAGUUAGACUCCUUACAGAAGUGUGCUCAUGAAAGUCGCAGGGCUCAGGAGCAAGAAGAGGAGCUGCUAGAAGCUCAGAGCCAGCAAGUGAGUACCUAUGCCUGGGAGGUCGAUUCACUAAAAAAGCAGCUGCAACACCUCCAGGAGAAGCAGCAACAAACUGCUGCACGUAGAGCAGGCAGAAAGUCAGCAGGGCAGGCCAAGCUGGAGAGGGCGAGCGAGGAGAAAGAGCGAAUGCUGAACUUGGCCAUGGAGAGGGGCAAAGCUUACUGA